CAUGGCUCGAGAGAUCUCGAAAGGGGUUGUUGACCUUGGGUAUGGUGGGACGAGGAAUAUAAAACCCAUCAGAAUUCCUGCUCUGAAAUGAAUCUUCAUCCUCAAGCUCAUCCACUAUUCCAAUCAUCCCUCCAUCUCAAAAAAGACUUUCAGUCACUCCUCCAAAUACUCACUUCCCGUGUUUAUCAACCUCCAAUCCAUCAAUAUGAAGUUCCUCGCCACUGCUCUCCUCUUCGCUGCCACUGCUCUGGCCCUUCCCUCCAGCGACUGCGCUACUUGCAAGGACGUCAAGCCCGUCCCCCGGGAUUUCACCUUCGAGCAGGCCAACGCCAAGUGUGGCAACGACGCUGUCGUCUCCUGCUGCAACAAGCAGGUCGCUGCUGGCGACUCCUCCGUUGAGAAUGUCGGCGUUCUGAACGGUGUUCUCACAAAUGCGCUCGGUGGUGGCCCCGGUGGUGACGGCCUGGGUCUCUUCAACGGCUGCAAUGACCUGAACCUCAACGUCCCCGUUCUGAACCUGGUUCCCGUCAACGCCCAGGACCUGGUCAACAAGAAGUGCCAGCAGAGCAUUGCUUGCUGCCAGAACACUCGCUCCGAGGCGAACGGUGACCUCGUUGGCGUUGCUCUGCCUUGCGUUGCCCUCGGCAGCCUUAUCUAGAUCAUAACGCUCAUGCCGCCGUCCCCGAAGCAGAUAAUUCUGUGAGGCCUACCUUGUUCAAUGACUCGGGCCUACGUGGGAAGGAGUACACAAUGCAGUCACGUACAUAUAUGUACAUGAAAGCCCGGGCAAGGGCCUUUUGUUCCGGUGUAUGGAGGUCAGCAGAUUCCCCGUGCCCUGGUAUCUGUGUCUCUCUCGUGUGCCAUGUCGUUCGUUCUAUUCUCGUUUGUCGUCUUUGCUGGGACGUUACAAUUAAUGUAAUUAAAACAUAUUUAAUAAAAGGUCCUUGCUACAUUCUG